UGGGGUCACCUAGAGCGGGUUUCAGCCGAUCGACAUCGGUGGCGGACUCUGGUUGAGGCCUUAUGUGCAACCUGAUGCACGAAGAGGAAUAGAUAGAUAGAAAAUGCGGAACUACAUACUCUAAUGUCCUUGUAAGGACACAUACCAUACAGAUGUCAAUACAUUUCUACAAAUAUAUAUCAUUACUACUCUGGGCAUUUAUUUCCUAGCAGGAAAUAUUUUGAAGCGCUAAAACAUCUCCAAAUAUUAUACAACAUGUACCGUCCUAGUAAUAUAACAGCUUGCAGGACUGCAUCAUUUUUUUAAGUGCAUGCAUUGAAGCUUCAUCAACGGUAAUGAUUACUUUGCAAAGAUUCCAUGUCAAGUCUUUAAUUCUUUUACAUAUUGUCUAAGUGAUUUCAAUAUAUAGCUUUGGAGCACCAAUUCUUUUUAAGGUUUGGCAGGAGAUGAUACUCGUCUGACGACUGGGUAAAACUCAGUGCAGCAUACUAUUUCUUCAAAUGUUAACUUUCACAUUCUUCCGUUUUUGAGAUAAAUGAGCAUAAACAUCAUCGUGUCCGCAAAGAAAAAAGUCAACAACAUAUAUAUAUAUUCCUUGCUGCAUGUCAGUCAUACUGUCUAUGGCAGUCGAGAAACUGUGCCCAAUAUCAAGCUGUUUCCACGAUUACAAAUGUUAUCUGAGCUUAUAAGAUAUCUGUCAUAAAAAGCUCUGCUAAUGUAGAAAACUCCAUGCCCAUAUGUUUCUCAGAAAGGCAAGGAUAAGAAGGGUGUUAAACAAAGUGUUAAUAUAGUCCCUGAAGCCCACCAUUGUUCUUCCGGUUCGGCUAAAAAUAGUUUGUAGCUCUCGGAAGUCGUGUCAUGACCCUUGCCAGUCAAAACUUCCCUCCAUCACUUGUUCGCAGUGAAAAGAGCGAAAUUAUAGCCAGCUGAGUGAGCCUUUAGAUCAUCAGCUGACCGAAAAAAAAAACUGUUUAUGUGCUAACGCUACGAAUAAACUAAUCAACUGGAUUACAAGUACAAUAAUCAAGACAAUAUUUAUGAUGGACUAGUUCAUGUUCUGCUUUGUUGAUGGGAAGUUUAAAUGUCGGAGAAGAGGGCGUGCAGAGAGGAGGAGCUAAAUUCCCUUUGAAAUUUCGCCAGGAAGAGUGUUGUGUUGGCUAGUGAACAAGCUAGUCGAGCAGUACUGGAGAUCACGUAUGGCUGGAAGUACCUACGUUUACUGUUUAUAUCAACACAAAUAAUGCUUGUGUACAGUCAUUCACAAUCGAGUAUGGGCAGACAUGUCCUUGCAAUGAUGGCUUUUAUAUCAACACGUUUUGUGUGUUUUGCCACUCCGGGUGACCCCACUACUGACUGUCCUGAGUACGUUGUUGAGGGUGAGACGCUGAACUGCAAUUGUUUAGCUCCUGAAGCUGUCAAGCCACGUGACUUUUCCUUGACAUGGUCAGAUGGACAUCACUCCGACAAUCUAGUGAAGAACGAUGUUUCCCGUCGCCACAAUAACACAUUGUUCAAGUGCUCGAUGACUUGGAAUGGGGAGAUAAAGACAGUUUCCUACACACUACGUGUGGCAUAUGGUCCAGGAAAUGUAACAAUUAAAGGUCCCUCAAUAUUCGUGACGAACGGCUCACGUGUCAUGACCUUGACCUGCGAAGCUUCGGACGUGUACCCUUCCCCUGACUAUGUCUGGAGCGGUGAUGUCCCUUGCAGCACCAGCCUCAGAAACAUGUGCAAGCUCACACCAAAGGGAAGUCACCAUCAUGGGAAGAAAGUCAAAUGUACAGCUACUAGCUCCUUUUUUGUUUCAAGCCCGGUAGUGGUUACAGAUGAAUACAGUCUUAAUUUGCAAUAUCCUCCAGCCUUGCCUCCUCAAAUAAAGACAAAAAAUGAUGAGCAGGGGGAGAGAAUUACUUGUUCUGUAAGUGGUGGAAACCUUCCAGUUUCAUCAGUAAAUAUGUCAUGUUUGGAGGCAAACAAUACCCAAAGUCUUAAUUGGCUGACCUCUUCAACCAACGCAACUUAUGUCACUGAAUAUGUCAACUGUUCAUCAUUUGAGAAAGUACUCAAUUUAUCUUGCACGUGCAGUGCUUUGUGGAAACCUGAAUCGGAUCUUUACAAGAAGCCUACACAAUAUGUUACCUCAGUUCACUGUGAGAAUAACAAGAAUGCCAAAGAUCCCAACAUGUCAGGAAGUGCACAGAAUAGAAACAGACAAAGUGUCCAACAGAUUAUUUUCCACAUAUAUUUUCACCUUAUAGUCCUGUUUUUAGCAAUGUUCUGAAGUUAUGUAAGUCUGAAUAUCAUUUGAGGAAAAUAUAUUGAAAGAAAGAGGAAAGAAAAGUUAAAAUGUAAGAGAAAAAGAUUGUGAACUAUUGCGUUCAGGUGAGUCUCCGUGUGCAAGUAGACUGAAGUGCAUACUUGUCAUAACUGUCAUUGUAUGUUAUCAAGUGUGUUACACUUAAUACUGUAAGAGGACAUUGUAAGUAGAAGACCUAUGAAGGAACGUCUAGUCUAAGAAGCCUAAAUAUGUCUGUACAAUUUCUGUUAUACUUCACCAUCACCCUUUGCCUUCCACAAAUGCUUAUGGAUUAAAUGGAAAAUGUAUAACAUGUAAUCAGUAACAAAGCUUGUUCAUCUGGCAUUGUUACUAUGUGUGAUGUUCUAUCAUGUUAAAACACUACACUCCUGCAUUUGUCUGUCAAAGAAAAAAAAAUUAUUUUGAUAACCAAGAUAUACAACAUCCCACUUUUCCUAAUGUAGUUUUGCAGGUGGGUCCAUAUUUAUCAACUUUUCCCAUUUACUAAUUAACACCCUUUCAAUUUAUCAGCAGAGACUAUGACAUGAACACUUGAAAUGCCCAGAAACAAAACUUUUAAGUCAAGAGGUGACCCACAUAUUUAAAAGUGGAAAAGUGUAAUUUUUUUUUCUGAAUUUUCAUGUAGAUGAACAUCAUAUUGGCUGUGCGAUUAUUUUAAUGAUGCAUAAAAUUAUCCAGAAACAUUUCCUGCUGGCUGUUGUACCCAAGAAAGUAUUAUUAAGAGAAAAAUGUGUUACCUAUCCGCCUUAAGACUGGUCACCUCACCCCUUGUAUUAUGCACUUUACUGGCUGCCUAUCACUGAAUAUGUCAAUUAAAAACUGGACUAUCAGCAAGUACCUUCAUCCCUGUGGCUACCUUUUGUUUUGCCUUACUCUCUAGAGUCCCCCUCACCUACAUUCUUACACUGUACUGUUUGCCAGAGAGUUCUUGUAGGCAAUUACAAAGUUCUCCCCCUGCCAAACUGGUAUGUUAUAGGUAAUAAAAUAUUAAAUGUAAUUAAAGGUAUUUACCUUAUGUCUUCCUUCAUCACGUAUGUUGGAAUGCAGCCGGGCAAAAUCUGCUCGACUGUACUAUUCUCACUGUUUUAAGUGACUUUAAAAAAAUGUCUUGCUCAGUCUGUUGAUGGAUUGAUAUUGCCUUAAACUAUAGUAAAUGAAUAUGAUUCUGCAAUUUUGGUCAUUAUCAAUAUUUAUUUCUGGCUCUGUAUGCUGAUGAUACUGUCUUACUUGCUGAAACUACCAGCAAAAUGCAGAAAGCAUUAUAUGCUCAUUAAAUGUUUAUACGGUCUUUAACUAAUUUCUGGAAAAAAAGCUAUGAUAUUUUUACAUGAAAAGGUUUUAAAAAAUUUAAAUUUUUCUUUCAAUAGAAAAACAAUCAAAGGGUUAUGGGAGUAUAAGUAACUAGGAACAGUUUUUACUUAAAUAAAUAAAUUUAAUGCAGAUAUAAAACUACAAUGUGUACUUCCAAACAAACAUAUACUUUCACUGAUAAAUCCAUACUUACUAAUUUAAACAAAUUUAUUUGAAAUGCAGUAUCACUUUAAUUAAUUUGUAUAGAUACAUUUCUAGUAUCAUGUCUUUAUCUAGACACAAAUAUAGAAAAAUAAGUCUAUAUAACUCAAUCGGAUACAAAUGUACCAAUAUUUGCAUAAUUUUUUCCCGCAAUGUUUUACUCAUGAUGCAAAAGUAUAUGAAAUAAAGGUGCUAAAGAGCUCUGGACUAUACUCUCAGGUGUUUUCCGUAUACACUGAUGCAUAAAAUGUUUAUAAAUUUCCUACUUAUUGCUAUAUUUCCCAUGUAAUCGCCUGAUAAACAAUACUAUAAGCUUCUUUUGGUGUGAAACAGAGGGUCUGUAGACCAAUUCCACGAUGACAAGGAAACAACACCCAGAACAUUUUAUAUCAGUAAUUUACUUUUCACAUUAUCAGCAAAAGUCCCUAUAACAAGAUAAUAUUGCUUUUUAUUAUCUUGACUGUUUACACAGUUUGUUUACUUUGUUUUUAAACAUAGUCUUGUAAGGAGUGGUUUGUCAAUCAAGGAUCAAGCAUGAGAACUGGUUUCAGGAUUGUGCCUUUUGUCAUAGCUUGUUUUGUGCAAUCAACACAUUCAGAUUCACUUUAUUGGUUUUUCAUUAAAGUAUUACUGAAAUUUUGUUGUAUGUCAUUACUAAAAGGCUUUCAUUUUUUUAAGUAAAACCUUUAAUAUUAGGUAUAUGUUACCCUAAUUCUAGUAUAGCUGUUCCAUUGUAAGCAAACGUUAGUCGCCUUUCCUUGGUUUGCCUAUUUUGUACACAUAUUUAGUUUCGUUUGUAUGAUAAUCCAACAGCUUUCACUAAAUAAUUAUUACACUAGUAUUUUUCUUGUGAAAUAUGACCUAAUAGGGUCACAUUACAUAUUACACAAUUGCUGAUGGUAGUAAUGCGCCGUAAGCAAAUAAUAAACAUUUUCAGGGCAUCGAAAUGUGCUCACAACUGAUUGUCUAAAAUACGUUCGUGAAGGUAACAAUCUGCCCUGUACAUGUCAGACAACAAACAACACUGUCAAUAUGGAACAUUUUUCUCCAAACUGGAGGAAUAAUGGUUCUCCAGCUGGUAAAAAACAAUGUUAGUUGCCAUGACAGUGGCACAGUUUUGAACAUCUGUGAUGAAAUGGGGUGAGGAUGAAGUAACCAUGAAUUGCACAUUACUUGUAGCCUGUGAGUACUACAGCUCGUAGUUUUAUACUUUUCACACUCACACAAGAAAGCUUUUAUUCGUAGGAGCUAGAUUUGUCACAAUGUUAAAUAGUUAUGGACAUUCACUCUCACCUUUUUAAUGUAUGCACAAGUGUCUUGCCUGUUGAUAUAUUUCCUAUGUGAUCACGUGAUACAUAAUAUGAAGAUUCUUUUGAUGUGAAUUUUCCUCGUCUGCAGACGCAGUCGAUGGAAAGGAAAUACCCAACACCCGGAAAUAUUUUCCUUAUAUCAGUGAUUUACUUUUCACAUACACAUCAGAGGUCCACACAUCAAGAUAGUGGCGCUUUUCACAAUCUAGACUGUGUACAAAGUUUGUGUAUAUUGUUUUAUGUAGUUUAAGCCGUUGUGUUGUAAGCAGCUGUUUCUCGACCAUGAAUCAAACAUGAGGACUGGUUCUUGGAUUGCGCUGCCUUUUGUCAUAGUUUGUUUCGUGCAGUCAAUAUAUUCAGAUUCAGGGCAGCCAAAUGUGCUUACAACUGACUGUCCAAAGUACGUUAGUGAAGGCAACAAUCUGUCCUGUACAUGUCAAACAACAGACUACAUUGCAAAUACAGGAGACUUCUCUCCCUAUUGGAAAGAGCAGAGUGAUUCUGCACAGCUGGUGAAAAACGAUGUUAGUCGCCAUGACAACGGCACAGUUUUCACAUGUGUGAUGAAGUGGGGAGAGGGUAAAGUAACCAUGAAUUACACCUUACUCGUAGCCUAUGGUCCAGAGAAAGUCCAGAUAAGUGGACCGUCUACUUUCAUCACCAACGGCUCUCAAGACAUCACCUUGACCUGCAGUACCACAGGCUCCUACCCAGAAGCCAGCUUUUACUGGGGAAUUAUGAAUAUGAAAUGUCAGCCACCCAACCCAACUCCAACUUGUAUCUUUAGACCUCGGGGAAGAUAUGACGAAGGAAGAAACAUCUCCUGCACAGCAUUUAAUAAAGAAACUGGCACUUAUUCACCACUUGACAUUUAUACUCUUCGUCUACAUUAUCCUCCGGAGCGUGCCCCACAUAUCACUGUAAGAAGAAAAGUCAACUCAACAACAGUGGACAUUGUCACCUGCACUGUGACAGGUGGCCAUCCUCAGGUGUCGUUUGUAAACCUUACCUGCGAUGACACACGCAAUGCUUCGUAUUCCGAUGACUCACCAGAGACAAACCAGACAAAUGUUGUAUUCACUUCUAUCGUCUUUGCACUGGUGGAACCUCGCACAGUUUUAUGCACGUGUCGGGGUGUGUGGUCACCUCAGCCAGACAUGUACACACACCUCGUCAACGCCAGCUUCUACUUGUCAUUUGAGAAAAGACACCCACCGUUAGACUUACUGAUGGCAGUAAUUAUAGGAUGCCUGACCUCUGUUGCCCUCAUAGCGGUGUGUGUUUUCACUGCAGUCUUGUGUAAACGACUUAAGACAGAACAUUUAUCAGUUGUUAGCAUGGUGUUUGUCGGCCAUUCUACCUUUUAA